AUAAUAUAAUAAUAAAAUGAAAUAAUUAACAAUAUGUGCCUUAGCCUAAGUUUUGCUUCUGUCAUACAUACAUGCCGGCCAUAGCAAUUUUCAACUUUGUAUAUUACAUAGUUUUUUUUCUCUUGAAUCCUUCCCUGAUUUUUUCUUCUUGUAACAAACGUGUUGGCUUAUUCAUCAUGUCAAACUCAUAAUUUAUGUCUCUUUCUUUCAUCAUAACUUUAAGUCAAAGAUCAAAAAAUCCAAGUGUCAUUAAUAUUCCUAUAUAGUUUGUUUCUGAAUAUUUGAGUACUUUUCUUUGUACUUCCAUCAUCUUCUAUUUGCAGCUACCUAGCUUUGCCAUGAUGUGAUUGAUGUCCCUCAUCAUCAUCAGUUGCAUCUCUUGAAGGGUCAGAGGGAAAGUUGUAGUGGUUGAAAAGAAGCUAUAAGGUUAAUAUCUAUUUUGAAGAUGUUAUUCUGCUGUUUAUUUUAUGGUUAGGAAUCGAACUCGGUACUCUGAGGUUUACAACACUCAGAUACUUUCCACACCAACCACUUGCGCUAGACUCUGGUGGUUCGAUAUAGGAAUAGAUUAUUCUUGUAUUGCAUAGAUGUUUGCUUCAAAAUUCCUUAAUGCAAUUUUAACUGCUUUUGGAGGAUUCAUGUCAAGUGCACACAAAUCUUGACCAUUUUUAAGUUUUUUCUGAGCUGAAAAUUAUUUAGAUGGCGGGGAACUUCAGAUUCAUGAUGGAUCAGAAGGAUAUUGUAAGAUUCUUGACUACAACUAUUGAUAGUUUUAUUCAAGAUAGAUUAAUCAACAAAGAACAAAGAACACAACAUAAAGAUCAAUGUGCUGAAAGGUUAGCAGCUGAAGAUGAAAAUGGUGACAAAGAAACCGAGGUAGAAUAUUCGGAUCAAGCAGUAUUGGCAAAUCUAGAUUGGGGUAUUGAAGCUCUUGAAGAAGCUAUUAAUACCUAUAAUAUGGAAACUAAACUUGCAAGAUUAGAUUAUGCAGAGAAAAUGUUGCAAGUGUGUGCAAUGUUGAACCCUAAGCAAAAAACUGCUGGAGUGCCAAAUUCAUAUUUAUCAGCUUGGGCACAUUUAAAUUUAUCAUAUUUAUGGAAAUUGAGGAACAAUAUUCAGAGUUGUAUUUUUCAUGCUCUUGAGAUGUUUAUUGUUGAUCCAUUUUUCGCUAGGAUUGAUUUCGCGCCUGAGUUAUGGAAAAACCUGUUUCUUCCUCAUAUGAGUUCAAUUGUAGGGUGGUAUUCUGAGGAGAGACAUAAGCUUAUGAUGGAAGUGAUACCUGAAUCUUCUGAUUUUUCUUAUACUGCUGAUUUUGAUAAAGUUUUCAAUGAGUCUUUGGUAUUUUCUAUGAGGCCGAAUCACCUAGAUAAAUUGCAAAAACUUGAGCAGCUUUAUGGAGAGUCUUUAGAUGAGAACACAAAGCUAUAUGCAAAAUAUUAUAAUGAUUGUAUGAACUCUGAUUCUACCUCAAGCAAGAAGGUUAUUCCGAUGUUGCCGAUUGCUGAGCCUCCGAUGACUCCUUUGCAUGAGUUGAGUCGGUCUGUUCCUGAUUUCGUAAAAUUUGGUCCUAUUUUGCCUAAGAGCUCUGGAUUUUCUAUGGCAACAAGAAGAUCUAAUGACGGUUUAAAUGAAACAAACAGAGAGAAUUUAACUUCAAAUUCCAACCAUUCAAAGGGGGAGAAAUCAUCCAUGUGGGGUGCUAAGGAGAGCAUAAUUGAAGAGAUUGAAGAUGAUUCAGAUUCUGAGCAUUAUGACGCGUCUGUGGAUUCUGAUAAAAUCAAUAUUUUCUCACCCGACUUGAAGACAAAUAUCAAGGAUGAGGAUGUUGAACCAAAAGUAUAUCGAUCAAACCAGAAGGAUCAAAUGCAAUCUCCUAACAUCUCUCCUAUGGAAUCCCCAAGAGCUGCUCGAAAGCAUUCAUCUCCAAAUCCUCGAAUCCAUAGGAAAAAAGAAUCAAAGUUUUUGCGGUUACUAUCUAAUCGUUUUAAGGGAUCAACUAUUUCUGAUCAUUCUCUAUCAUCAUCUCCUGACACAAGCUCUGAUCAUAUUUUCAACGGUGAUGAAGAAGAAGCGAUGGUCUUGAAUAAUAUUAAGAGGAAAAAUGAUAGUCAAACAGCUAGUGUGAAUCAAGACAAUGAGAAUAGUCUGGGGCUGAAUGACAGUUCCCAUUGUGAAAGUGAGGAUGGAUAUCAAAGCUCUACUUCAUUUCCAAAAUUAGGGAAACUGACUAUUGGAUCAAAACCACCCAAAGAUUUUGUUUGUCCAAUCACAGGUCAGAUAUUUAGUGAUCCUGUCACCCUUGAAACAGGCCAGACCUAUGAAAGAAAAGCGAUUCAAGAGUGGCUCGGAACAGGAAACACAACAUGUCCAAUCACGCGGCAGCCUCUAUCUGCAAACAUCUUACCAAAAACAAACUAUGUUUUGAAGAGAUUGAUAGUAUCAUGGAAAGAACAGCAUCCAGAACUAGCUCAAGAAUUUUCAAAUUCUAACACGCCAAGGGGUUCUUCAUGUUCUCCAUCUGCAAAAGACAUCGCAAUGAUUUCGACUAUACAAAGAACAACUGAUUCACCAAGUCAGAAGUACAAAGAUGAUUAUAUUAGACAACGGAACAAUAGAUUUGUGAGGGUUGCUGUCGGUGCAUCUCCAACUAGUGUAUUAUCUCAAGCUGCAGUUGAAACGAUUAUAAAUUCCUUGACACCUUACAUCACAAGUCUAUGUACAUCAGAAAACUUGCAGGACUGUGAAGAAGCUGUAUUGGAAAUAGCAAGAUUGUGGAAGGACUCAAAGACUGAUCCUCAUAUUCAAUCUUAUUUAUCAAAACCAACUGUCAUAAGUGGUUUAGUAGAAAUUCUCUCAGCUUCUCUGAAUAGAGAAGUUCUGAGAAGAUCGAUAUAUAUUCUUUCCGAACUAAUUUUGGCUGAUGAAAGAGUUGGAGAAACACUUAAUAGUGUAGAUUCUGAUUUCGAUUGCUUGGCUACUCUACUUAAGAAUGGUUUGUUUGAGGCUGCACUUCUUAUUUACCAACUACGGCCAGUUUUUGCCCAGCUUUCAGAACAUGAACUUAUACCCUCUCUUAUCCAAGUAAUCCAAAACAAAAAUGAGGAUAUAGAUGGUUUUCAGUUAUCUAUAGACCCCGGAGAUGCUUCCAUAGCAAUUCUUGAGCAAAUUUUAAUGGGAGGGGAUGAAUAUAACAGGUCUGUCAAUGCUUCAAGUGUUAUCUCGGCAAAUGGAAUUCCAGCCAUAGUGAAGUAUUUGGACAGAAUGGAAGGGAGGAGGUCUGUCAUUUCCAUACUUUUGUGUUGUAUGCAAGCUGAAAAAAGUUGCAAGAUCUCAAUAGCAAAUAGAAUUGAAUUGUCGCCUAUUCUUGAAUUAUUUCAUGCUGGAAAUGAUAGUGUGAGAGGAAUCUGUGUGGAGUUUCUCUCAGAACUGGUCCGAUUGAAUAGAAGGACGUUCAGCAAUCAGAUAUUACAGAUAAUCAAAGAUGAAGGAGCAUUCAGUACAAUGCAUACAUUUCUUGUAUAUCUUCAGAUGGCUCCAAUGGAACAUCAAAUUGCUGUUUCCAGUCUUCUUAUUCAGCUAGAUCUUUUGGUUGAGCCGCGAAAGAUGAGCAUUUACAGGGAAGAAGCUGUAGAGACACUGAUAGAAGCACUUUGGCAAAAGGACUUCUCAAAUAAUCAAAUGAAGGCUUUAGAUGCUUUACUAUUUCUUAUCGGACACGUCACUUCCUCAGGAAAGUCGUAUACUGAAGCUUGGUUGCUGAAAGUUGCAGGAUUUGAUCAGCCUUACAAUGUUUUAAUGAAGGCCGAGCAAUUGGGAUACCAUGACAAUGAUUUGAUGGAAACAAUGGAGGAUGAGAAAAAUGCCAUGAAAUCUUGGCAGAAAAGGGUAGCUUCUGUACUUUGCAAUCACGAAAACGGAUCAAUAUUUCAAGCUUUGGAAGAAUGCCUAAAGAGUAACUCCUUAAAGAUGGCAAAAUCUUGCCUUGUUCUUGCCACAUGGCUCACACACAUGCUCUUUACUCUACCUGAUACUGGUGUAAGGGAUAUUGCUCGGAAAUCCCUGCUCGAGGCACUUAUAAAUGUCCUCCAAUCAUCCAAGAACCUAGAGGAAAAGAUCCUGGCUACCCUAGCUUUGAAGUCUUUCAUUAGUGAUCAAACUGCUCAUGAAGCACUUAGAGUAUAUGCUAAAAGCAUCUAUAGAAUCUUGAGGAAGCUGAAGAAAUAUUCAACAGUUGCAGCUGAUAUAUUGAAAGCCUUACUAAACUUAAAUUCUGUUGAUGUGACAGAGUUGUGGAGUUGUAAAGAAGUAGUAGAGUUAGAUUUGAGCUCAAAUGGAGAAGUGCUUUCUUUGCUUUACCACAAUGGUCAGGUCUUAAGUGGACAUGCUGAUGGAACUAUCAAGGUAUGGGACGCAAGGAAGAGAAUACCACGAGUAAUUCAAGAAACUCGUGAGCACAAAAAAGCUGUCACAUCGCUUUGCUCUUCUGUUGAUAAACUAUACAGUUCUUCGUUGGACAAAACAAUCCGGGUUUGGAUGAUUAAACCUGAAGGGAUUAAAUGUAUAGAUGUUUAUGACGUUAAGGAGGCAGUGUAUGAGCUAGCAGCCAAUGCUGAAUUGGCAUGCUAUGUAACUCAAGGAACAGGAGUUAAGGUUUUUAAUUGGUUAGAUACUCCAAAGCUCAUCAAUUUCAACAAAUAUGUGAAAUGUCUUGCUGUUGCCGGCGACAAACUGUAUUGUGGUUGCUCUGGUUACAGCAUACAGGAGGUUGACUUAUCCAAAUAUACAUCAACUUCAUUCUUCACUGGUACAAGAAAAUUGUUGGGAAAACAAACCAUACACUCCAUUCAAAUUCAUGAUGAUUUCCUCUUUGCUUGUGGUUCUUCUGUUGAUGCAACUGCAGGAAAGAUAUUUUCAAUUUCCACCAAAAUGGUGGUGGGAUCACUCUCAACUGGACUCGACAUCCAUCGUGCAGCCAUCACCAGUGACUUUAUAUUUGCUGGUACAAAAUUUGGCACCAUUGAGGUUUGGCUGAAAGAUAAGUUCACCCGAGUCGCUUCCAUCAAAAUGGCAGGCGGUCAAACAAAAAUUACAUCAUUAGUGUCAGAUGUUGAUGGCAUGAUGCUUUUUGUUGGUUCCUCUGAUGGAAAGAUCCAGGUUUGGGCUUUAGAUUAAGCACGAUAAAUGGACGAGUAUAAUAUCCCUUUUGCCACAUGUAAAUGAAUGCUGAUAAGUUUUAGCUAUUUGAGUUCCUUACACAUUUUAUAGGAUUUCAUCAGUCAAAAAGUAUUGUUCAUUAAAUUAUAUUAUCCAAAUAAGAUCUUCUCUGUUGAAGGCAUGCACGAAACAGGUGCAAAUAUAAUUGAAUUAUACUAUAGGCGGGUUUGGGUACAUCAUACACCAUCAACAUCAACUUGCACAAGCAUCUCAUCUCAUAGUUGUUAAUUCAACUACAUAGUGAAAGAGACAGUUGAAACAUUUAACCCACAUAUAACAUCACAUAUUGUAUGUAACAUGAAAAUGUGAAACUAUUUUUUGAUAUAAUUAACAAUUAAACCGAUCAUUCUGCCA